AUGGGCUGCCAAGCUCAUUCCCGGAAUCCCAAAGACAAGACGUUGCGCGUCUUCCGUGGAACCGAAUGCGUGCACAAAAUCGAUGAGGCUCACGGCGACAUCAUCCGUGCCAUCGCCUCCAGCACCUCGUUCAUUGCCACGGCUUCUAACGACAGUGUCGUGAAGAUGUGGUCCUUCGAUGGCGCUCAAAUCACGGCUCUGAGUGGGCACCAGUCUUUUGUGUACGGGGUCACUUUUGCGGGCGAUUCCGGCGAGAUUCUGUCCUCAUCUGAUGACUGCACUUUGAAGGUCUGGUGCGACGCUCAAUGCAAGCAGUCCAUCGUGCACGCUGGGACCGUGUGGCAGGCAACAUCCCUGCCGAAUGCAGACAUCGUGACGGCCUGUGCUGACAUGUGCGUGAGGGUGUGGACGCGAGAUCCUGCGAGAAUGGCACCCGAGGCGGAGCGUACCACGCAGCAGGAGAUCGCCCAGCAAGCAAAUGUGGCUGCAGCCCAGAAGGGCUCCUCUUCCGUGCCAAUGGAUUCUGUCAUUGACAUCGCCAAAAUGCCCACAAUGGUCGGCAAAAAGAACGGGGAGAUCAAGAUGUUCAAUGACAACGGAACUGUCUUCGCGUACAUGUGGAAUGCCGGUGCCCGCAUCUGGGACAAAGUUGGCGAAGUGAUGGGAAGCCAGCAGCCCAAGAAACACUACGACGGAGACCCCGUCUUCCCGGCAGGGGAGUACGAUUUCAUCUUCGAUGUGGAUUUGGGAGCAUCCUUCGGCACGAAGCCGUUGCCUUUCAAUCGGGGCCAGAACCCACUGGUUGCUGCGGAGUCCUUCUGCUCACGCGAGCAGAUCCACAAAGGCAACUCCGAGCAAAUCAGGCAGUUCAUCAUCCAGAACGCCGGUGAGGAUGGUGCAUCCGGAGGAGGCAGCGCACCGGCGGCCGCACCAUCGGCUCCGGAAGCUACUCCGUACCCCAAGGAGGCUCAGGCCAAGUUGUUCCCGGUGAUGCAACCUGCCGUCUUCAAGGAUGGCAAAUUUGAUGCCAUCCAGGGGAAAAUCUUGGAGUUCAACAGCCAGGUUGAAGAGUCGCUGAAGCUGGAUCCCGUGGAG